GUUGUCUAGGGUUUUAUUUAACUUAUUGCUGCUCUCUCGGGGGUUGAUUUGAUUUCUGCUCUAAAUUUCUCCGGCGGUGGUGUUAUUUUAUUUGUAACUUAUUGCUCUUGCCGGCGUUGUGUUUCAUCCUCUCCAUGGCCAGUUAUAGCCAGAAAGCUAAUUUAUUGGUUAAGAGAAAGCCGGAAGAUGGUUUGGGGACCGAACCGGUUCUGAAGAAACAUAAAGAAAAAUCUGAGGAGAAGGAGAUUGAAGCAAGGGUUGAGUUGUUGUCUGAUAUUGAGGCUAAUUUGACAGUGGAGACCGAACCUGUCCAUAGGGAGGAGAAGGAGACAGCGAAAGGAUUUUCUGAUGAGAUCAAAGGAAGGGUCGAGUUGUUGGAGAAUGAGGCUAAUUUAAUCUCAGUGGAAGGACUUGAUGAAACUCCCAAGGAAGCUGCCGAACUUAAAAAGACGCUCUUUGUUGCUCAUCUCCCUCCCCAAACUAAAAUAAGAGAUAUCAUACGUUUCUUCAAAGAUGUUGGACAAGUUGUUCGUGUUCUACUUCAAGCUACCGACAAGGGAAAGUGUGCGGGCCAAGGUUUUGUUGAAUUUGCUUCUGCUAGCCAAGCAAAGAAGGCACUGGAAAAGAAGAAGAAUGAAUAUUUGCAUAAACGCAAUAUUUUCCUGGAUGUGGCUCAUAAGGGAGCUCUACACCUUCCACCCAAGUAUUGCAUCGAUCACAAGGUUUGGUACCAAGAAGACUAUCUUCAACAAGAAAGCCUUAGGAUACAAGAAGAUCCCAAGUUUGCUGAGGAAGCUACCAUUCUUUUUGUUGCCAAUCUCUCUCCACAAACGACUAAUUUAUUACAUAUCAUCAAUUUCUUGGAAGAUGAUGGAGAUGUUGUCAGUGUUCGACUUAUUGUAAGCCACGAGGGUAAGCAUGUGGGCUGUGGCUUUGUUGAGUUUGCUUCUGCUAAUCAAGCUAAGAAGGCACUGGAAAAGAAGAAUGGUGAAUAUUUGCACGAUUAUAAGAUCUUGUUGAUGAAAAGGCGUGAUGAAACUCCCAAUUUUGUUGAGGAAGUUGCCACUGUAAGAAGUAAGACGAUCAGUGUUACCCAUUUCUCUGGCCAAACUAAAAUAUCAGAUAUCAUCAAUUUCUUCAAAGAUGUUGGCCAAGUUGUUCAUGUUCGACUUAUUGUAAACCCCAAGAUCAAGCAUGUGAGGCUUGGCUUUGUCGAGUUUGCUUCUGCUAACGAAGCAGAGAGGGCGCUGGAAAAGAACGGCGAAUAUUUGUUCGAUAGAGAUAUCUAUCUUGAUUUUGUUGAGGAAGCUGCAUACACUAUACUAUCCAGGCAUUGCGUAGAUCACAAGGUUUGGUACGAAAACUACCCACAACGAGAAAGCCCUCUGAUUGAAGAACAUGCAGCAACAGAAACUCCCGAUUUUGUUGAGGAUAUUAACUUGAUGGAAACGACGGUCUUUUUUGCCGCAGUCACUAUGAAAAAAGACAAAUGUAGCAUGUCAAAUAUCAUCAGUAUCUUCAAAUCUGCUGGAGAAAUUGUUCGUGUUCGGCUUGUAGUAGACCACAGGGAUGAGCCUCUCGGAUGUGGUUUUGUUGAGUUUGCUUCUGCUGAGGAAGCAAAGAAGGCUGUGCUAGAGAAGAAUGGUACUGCUAUUUAUGUCAGGGUGGCCGAGAAAGCUCCAUACCGUUUCCGACCCAAGUGCAACCUUGCAGACCUUGCGGAUAAGCUUUGGUAUGAAGACAAGCUUCGACGAGAAGGCUUUGGUUUGCCGAGCAAAUCGGAGCUGAGGAUAGAGGAGGCAGUCUUCUGCGGUAAGAAGACAAUCUUCUCUGACAAAGACUGAUUGAAGAAGAAGAUGAAGCUCUUUGGUGUAUAUAACUUGUGAUAAAAUCUAGCUUUAUAACUCCUUAAAAUAUUUACGGUCAUGUAAGGUUUCUCAGUGCCCCCCCAAACACAAGUCAUAUCCUUUUGCUAGCAAAGACUGCGAUUUCAUAGCC